AUGGAGAACUCUGGCUCUUGCUUUAAGUUCACAAUAACAAACGGCUUUUACACCAGUUCAUUGAUGGUACAUGUAGAGUUGACUGAAAAAGUUAAAAUACGGAAGAUUAGGACAAAUUUCAAGUAUAAUCAAAACUAUUUACAUCAAGAAGAAUAUAAUAAAGAAGUUCCGAGGAUUGGAUGUAUAUCUGUCUCUGGCUUACAUCACCAGAUGAAAGUUAAGAGUUUAUAG